AUGCGGUCCCGCUACAUGCGACGGCUACACAUCUCUUUCUACAAGACGAUCUAUCCAAAAGGGCUGACAUCGAAAACCGGGUCAGCUUUGGAUAUUGCCCUGCUCUCUGAGGCCUUACAAAAAAAGAUGGAUUCCGAUCGAGGUGGUCGUCUGUGGCGAAGCACCUCAGCCUCUCGACUUUCGCUAGCUGCAGUUCUAGUCGAGCACUCCAGCGACCAGAGCAAAACCACCAUGGAAGUGAUAAAUUGCGCUCAACCUCUGUAA